AUGAUAUGUGAACGGUUGAAGGAAACAGAUAACAAAACUGUGGCCAAAUGGGUGGGUAAUACUAAUAACACAUUUGAGCGUGCAUUCAUAGCAUAUGGGUGUUGUAUAGAAGGCUUUAUAGCUGGUGCUAGACAUGUACUGGACAUUGAUGGAUGUCAUUUAAGUGGACCGUAUAAGGGGACGUUACUGUCGGCCUCUGCUUAUGAUGCUGACAAUGAAUUGUUACCUUUUGCGAUUGCUAUUGUAAAGGGAGAGACACUUGAGGAUUGGACAUGGUUCUUAUACAUGAUUAAGGAGAUAGUUGGGUCGAUGGAAUUGACAAUUGUGUCAGAUCGACACAAUGCAAUAAUAAGUGCUGUGCAAGCAAUAUUUGGUGGUGAGAGGCAUGCAUACUGUUACAGACAUGUUAAGGAAAACUUCAUUGCACAAAUGAUUAAAUUAAAUAGAGGAAAGAGGAAGACUAGUGGGAAAGCAAGGGAGGAGGGAUUGCAAUACCUGGAUGCCAUUGCAUAUGCAAGGCUUGACACCGAGUUUGAUGGUGCAAUGGAUAACAUGAGAAAGUUCAAUCCACAAUUAUUUGAGUGGCUUCUUAAUCAUGAUGAUGUUGAAAGGUGGGCCUUAAGUAAAUUCCCAUUUAAACAAUGGGAUAACAUCACAACAAACCUUGCUGAGUCAUUCAAUGCUUGGAUGUUGAAAGAGAGAUGA